UCAAAGUGAGACCAGACACAAUGUUGUGCCUGAGGAGUGUUAGUCUCCUUAUCACAUGUGUGAUUCUCUUUGUCAUCCCUUCAGGUCGUGGUUCUGAGAUUAUUGGAGGGAAAGAAGUCAAGCCACACUCGCUGCCCUUCAUGGCCUAUCUGAGAAGUGACAAAUCCUUCUGUGGAGGAACAUUAAUCCAUCAACAGUGGGUCCUGACGGCCGCCCACUGCGCCAAUAUUAGUAAGGUGAUCCUGGGAGUGCACUCCAUCAAAAAAGACGGGCAAGAUUCCAAGCAGAUCCACGAGGUUAAGAAACGUUUUCCUCAUCCCAACUUCUCUGAUAUAUUAAAGGGUGAUGACCUCAUGUUAUUGAAGCUUAAGAAACCAGUGAACAAAACCAAGACAGUGAAAUGGCUCAAGUUGGGCAAAACAGUCAAAGACCCUGCAGCGGGCAGCAAGUGUCUGGUGGCUGGAUGGGGAAAAACUCAAAAGGCGCGAAACUCAGACGUCCUGAUGGCUGUCAGUGUGACUGUGACUGACAGACAGAAGUGCAACUCUCGUGAUUAUUACAACCACAACCCUGUUAUUACGAGUGGCAUGAUCUGUGCUGGUUCAAGUGGUAAAAAUAAGGCUGGUACCUGUAAUGGAGAUUCAGGAGGGCCGCUGUUGUGUAAAGGAGAGCUGGUUGGAGUCACUUCUUUUGGACCUCAGGAGUGUGGGAAGAUAAAUCAACCUGGAAUCUACUCUUUCCUGUCAGAGAAACAACUCAAGUGGAUCCAAAAAAAAAUGUUUUGCAUGAUGAAUUUCAGUAUUUUCAUCUCGUGCGUGCUCCUCUUCAUCGUCCAGUCAGGUCGUGGUUCUGAGAUUAUUGAAGGGAAAGAAGUCAGGCCGCACUCGCUGCCCUUCAUGGCUUAUGUGAGAAGUAAAAACUCAGCCUGCGGAGGGACUUUAAUCCAUCCAAAAUGGGUCCUGACAGCUGCCCACUGCACUGAUAUGAGUCUGGUGAUCCUGGGAGCACACUCCAUCAAGAAAGUGGAAAAUUCUAAGCAGGUUCGAGAGGUUGAGAAACGUUUUCCUCAUCCCGACUAUUACAAUGUAACCCAGGGCAACGACCUCAUGUUGCUCAAGCUGAAGAAAUCUGUGAAGAAAACCAAGACAGUGAAUUGGCUCAAGUUUGGCAAAACUGUCAGAGACCCUGCAGCUGGCAGCAAGUGUCUGGUGGCUGGAUGGGGACGAACUGAAAACAACAAAACCUCAGAUGUCCUCAGGUCUGUCAAUGUGACCGUGAUCAACAGACAGAAGUGCAACUCUCGUGAUUAUUACAAUCACAGACCUGUUAUCACCGCUGACAUGAUCUGUGCUGGUUCAAGUGGUGCAAACAAGGCUGAUACCUGUCAGGGGGAUUCAGGAGGGCCGCUGUUGUGCAAUGGAGAGCUGGUUGGAGUCACUUCUUUUGGACGGGGUUGUGGCAUCAUUAAAAAACCUGGAGUCUAUUCAUUUGUCUCAGAGAAGCAACUCAAGUGGAUCAAAAAAACAAUGAAAUAA